UGCCCAAAUCUGCCUGCUGUACACUGAUGGUUGUCUGCAUCUUAGGAGCAAAUAUAUGCACAAGGAAAUCUUAUUGUCAAAGGACUGAAUAUCUGAAACAUCCAUGUUCUGUUGACUGCAUCUUGGCAAGGGGACUCAACAGGAAGAUGCAGACAAAGAGAUGCAGUACCCCACACCUGGCCUUCCCAGUCAUGAUCAUCUUCUCCCUGUGGCUGCAAACGAGUGCAAACCACACAGGCUACCCUCAUCUCAGAGAAGAGACCUGGAGUCAGAACAGGACAGAAGCAAGCACAAAGUCUCCUCUGAGCCUCAAUUUCAGCAGCCAAACAACUACUUCUGAAAUGCAAAGUACCCUGCCAUCCUCCUCCUCCACACUGGCCCAAAAUUCAACAUCUUCCCGUGCCAAAAUACGAAGUACCCUGCCAUCCUUCUCCUCCACAACGACUCAAAAUUUGAUUUCCCCUACCCCAAGUGCAGUUUCCACCACGGGAGGAUUAGAGAAAAGCAGCAAACCCAAGAGCCCAACGACCAAAGAAACCUGUGAAGACAAUAAGUCUCUCAUACUGAUUUGCUUCAUUAUCAUUGCAGUUCUUGUGCUCAUCUGCAUCUCCCUGUUUCUGUCCACAGUCGUAGCAGCCAACAAAAUCUCCUAUCUCAAAAGAGCCCAGCAGGGCAAACGCAGGCCCAGGAGCAAUGGAGACCUCCUGGCCACCAACAGCUUAUGGCCCACAGCAGCAGGAACGUGGCAGAGGAUGCCCCAGGAGACAAGUGGAACCGAGCUGAUAAUGCAGGAGCUGGUGUCAGGGAGGGAUGCUGUGAACCAAAGGAAAACUGAAGAUGAAAGUACUGAGAAACUCACCAAAGCAGCAGAUAAUGGACAAGAAAGCAAAGAACCAUCCCAGUCACACAAACCCAUUUUAACCAAUUUUGUAGUUGAGAUUUAAUUCACACUCAGGUAAAAAUUCAUUUUUUGCCUUUGUUACACCAUUAACAUAAGGCAAAAACUUGUAUUUCAAGUAACAGCAAGAAUUUCUCCCAGGAAAGCAAAAUCCAGAUUUUAGAGCUUAUCCAAUUAUGCCAGUGGGAAUGCUGCAGCCAUGUGUGGAUCCAGAGGACAGUAAAACUGUUAAACAGCUUUCUGUAAGUAGUGUCAAGACUGGUUUUACUCCUUUGACCAGAAAUCAGGGUGACAGGAGCUGAACAGGAUAAACCAAAAGGACAGAAUCUGCCCGAGCUCAAAGACCACAGAGGGGAACAAGGAACAGACUGUCAGUCUGCUCAACACUCUGAACACUACGAUGCUGCACAGGCAUAACCAAAUUGCUUUUCAAAGGAAACCAUACAUUAGUCACAACUCUGAUUCAACCACUAAUGCAGAAUUUAGUCCUUCUCAAAAUGCUUUUGGAUUUUCCAUCAAGAACUUCUUAAACCAGCUGAAUUACUUCUGAAGCAGACUGGAACCAUAUUUAUUGUGUUUCAAUGUUGGCUAUGAAUAGAUGAAGUCUGUAGUAUUUGCUAGAAUAUG